GCUGGUUAUGGCAACUGCUUCGUCAGCUCAUCAUUUCAAGUUUCGUUUUCUACAAAACCGGUCGGGCUUAGAGAUCAAGAUUCCGAACGAAUCUAUUCGUAAUCCCCCAAAUUUCCUAAAUCGCCUUUGAAAGGGCUCUAAAUUUCGCUUAGCUAUUGCUACUUGUGCAUGGAUCAGUCGAAGGCCAAAGUGCCUACAAUCGAUAUGACGGAUUCCGGCUCUGUGCCGGUGACUUCGACGGAGGUUGAUUCCGGAUUCAGUUCGGCGGGCAGCACCCAUUCGGUGCACCAAGGCGGCGUGUCCACUAACGAUAAUGCUCCAGGCGUGCUGCGGCUACGUUUGGCCAAACCGGAGAGGCCACAGAGGCGCGUUGGAUUCCAUGCCGGGGUUAUCGAUAACGAGCACAUGAAUCGGCGCAAAUCGAAGUGCUGCUGCAUCUAUCGGAAGCCGCAUCCCUUCGGCGAGAGUUCGUCCUCCACGGACGACGAGUGCGAGCACUGCUUUGGGCAUCCGGAGAUGAAGACCUACAACCGCAUGGCCAAGCAGCUGAAGAAGGCGGAGCAGGGCUGCUCCUGUUGCAGUCAUCGUCUGGGCACCAAUCGAAAUGUUCGUCGGCCUAUGGAAAGGAUCGUCGAGGAAAAGGAAAAGGAGGAUACUCAGGACAAAGAUCAGAAAUCGUUGAUGAAUAAUGGCAAAACCCCAACUGGCGAGGAGUUAAGGGAGGAGUAAAGGCGUUUCGUUUUUCCAUUUUUCGCUGGCUAAGCCAUCCGAAUCCUUUUUUGUGUUUUAGCCGAUGACUUAAAUUCACCAUAAUCAUCGUGUCUACCACGUAAUCUCAUUAAAUUAAAGUUUAGUUUAAAAAAA